UGUUCGUCUGCAUCUAAUGUUUAUCAUUUCGAAAUGGCGGACACCGAUUGGACUUGUUUACUUUUACUAGCAUUAAUUUUUUGUGUUUUUAAAGUGCACUCGCAGACGACAUCAACAGAAGUCGAAGCGCUGGGCUUAUUAGCCACGGAGAUUCAGCGUGAUGCCAAUAAUCACCUGAUCCUGUCUGCUGGGAAGGAGCAGAAGCUUCUCAUAGUUGGCCGAAAUUUCAAGAAUGAUUCAGAGGUUGCUUUUACUCUGAAACGGUUAAACAGAGGCGAAUCAUGUGAAGAUCACGGUGAAAUAUCGAAGAAGUUUGCCAUCAGCAUUGACGGCCUCAAUGUGAGCAACACUGGUGUCUCAAACAUUCAGCUCGACCAUAUUACAGCGGAAAAUGAGUAUUUUUAUGUCUGCAUUAAGCAUAUCGAAGGCAAGGAUAUCUCAUGGAUUCAUCAAGGAGACGGUGUAUAUUUAAAAUUUUCGGUAAUAAAAGCCUCUACGACCUUUAUGCCAGUUUGGCUUCAGAUUACAUUUAUUCUAAUACUGUUAUCCUUGUCUGGACUCUUCAGUGGACUCAAUCUGGGUUUGAUGUCACUCGAUCAGACCGAGUUGACAAUAAUUGCGAAGUGCGGAAAAUCAAGUGAAAAGAAAUAUGCCAAAGUGAUUGCCCCAAUAAGAAAGAGAGGGAAUUUUCUGCUAUGUACACUAUUACUUGGGAAUGUUUUGGUCAAUAACAGUUUGACAAUUUUGUUAGAUAAUCUUACAAGUGGAUUGAUAGCUGUUAUAGGUGCAACAGCUUUCAUUGUGAUAUUUGGUGAAAUUGCUCCACAGGCUAUUUGUUCAAGGCAUGGAUUAGCUAUUGGGGCUAAAACUAGAUUCAUCACAUACUUUUUCAUGCUACUGACAUUUCCUCUUUCAUUUCCAAUCAGUUUGGUACUCGAUAAAAUUCUUGGUGAUGAAAUUGGAGUGGUAUAUAAUAGAGAAAAGCUAAAAGAACUUAUUAAAGUUACAAAAGAUGUCAGUCGUUUGGAUGACGGCGAAGUUGCCAUUAUAUCAGGAGCCUUAGAAUUAACUAAAAAGACGGUUUCAGACAUAAUGACACCUAUUGAAGAUGUCUUCAUGUUGGAUUAUAAUGACAUUCUCAGCUUUGAAACCAUGAGUGAGAUAAUGAAAAAAGGUUAUAGCCGAAUACCAGUGUAUGAGAACAGCAAACAAAACAUUGUUGCUCUAUUGAACAUUAAGGAUCUGGCAUUGAUAGACCCUGAUGAUAAUACUCCUUUGAAAACCAUCUGCAAAUAUUACCAACACCAUCUUCUGUUUGUUUUUGAUGACCACAAGCUGGAUCAGAUGCUGCAAGAUUUUAGGCAGGGUCACUCCCAUAUGGCAAUAGUACGCUGUGUGAUCACAACGGGACCAGGUGACCCGUACUAUGAGACGCUGGGCGUCGUCACACUGGAGGACGUCAUUGAGGAGAUCAUCCAGUCUGAGAUUCUGGAUGAGACUGAUACACUCGUGGACAACAAGAAAAAGAUGCCUCGAAUGCUGCCUCGCCAGGACUUCAGUGCUUUCAACCAGUCGGAGGACGACAAUCGGCACAUCCUGCCGCCACAGAUGUCUGUGGCAGCCUUCCAGUUCCUGUCAACAUCCGUCGAACUGUUUGGGGAGAAGAACAUUUCAGACAAUAUCUUGAAGAAGUUGAUCAAGCAGAACAUCGUUGUAGAGAUGAACGAACAGAAGCACAAGGAGCAGUUCCUCUACAAGGAGGGCGUGCCAUGUGAUUACUUCGUACUCAUACUUCAGGGUCAUGUGGAGGUGAGCAUUGGUAAGGAGAACCUGGUGUUCCUUGGAGGACCCUUCACAUACUACGGAGUCAACGCACUCAAGGUGAGCGAUAUGAUCCUAAACCCACAGAACAGCUCCGACUCCAUAUACGUAAAGUACGAGCCCUACAUUCCCGACUUCUCCCUAAAGGCAGUCGACAACAUCCUCUUCCUGCGCAUCAAGCGCACGCACUACAUCGUGGCCAGGCGAGCCACGCUCAUGGGACGGCAUGAACAGGACAGCACGAAAGAAGAUGAGACCUUCACCGCCGAGUGGAAACAUGCCACCAGUAUUCACCGCAACCAACACAAGGUGGAUGCUAGCAUCGAAGUUCAUGAACCUGUUUUUUCUAUUGAAAAUAUUGGCGAACAGGAAAAACCUGCAUCGUUUUCAAGUAACUGGACACCAUUACCCAGUACUGCGAAUAUUACUGGAAUGAUACAGAGAACGGACUCUAAGGACUCCGGGUGGAGUUUUCCCAACUCUGAAAAGCCGGAGCUGGAUUUAGAUUUGACUAGUAAAGAUACGGAGAUCGGUGGUGAUAAACAUGCAAGUAAAGGUGAUGAGCAGAAAUGUGCAACUGUUAAGUAUGUGAAGGAUAAUAAAGUUCUCAGUUUUCAUGACAAUGGUGAUGGUGAAGUGGCUAUAGAGAUCUCAGCGGAGUCCACUCCUCUAGUGACUAAAAUGUGAACUCUUGUUUAUCAAACAGGAUUGUCUGGCUUAAAAUGCUUGUAUUAUAUUUUUCUUGUUUUAACUUCAUGUGUGUUAAGAAAGACGGAUUAUGAAUGAUUGUUGUUUUUUAGCACCAGGUCUCUUAAAAAAAUGAUUUGAUUGUGAUAAAUAUUUCUCUAACUAUACAGUUCCUUUUUUGAAGUUGAACAUAAUGAAAAAGAAAAGACUUUGCAUAAUUAUGUUUCUUUAAUUUAGUCAUUGGCAUCUAUUGCAUAAAACAUUAUAAAGAUCAUUUAAUUAAAGAUGAGCUUACAUAUAAGAGAUGGGAACAAAUUUUCAAAUAUCUCAAUAUUAUACAACCAGCAAAAAAUAAUUGACAUUCAGCAUAUGAGCCAUGCUCUGUGAGAAGGGGAUCUAAUACAUGUGCAUAAAGUGUCAUCCCUGAUUAGCCUGCGUAGUCUGCACAGGCUUACCAGGGAUGACACUUUCUGCCUAAACUAACUUUUUCUAAGAAAAGACUUUCUUGAAACAAAAAAAUAUCAUAAAAGCAAAAUUUGUCGUCCCUGAUUAGCCGGUACGAAAUGCACAGGCUAAUCUGGGACGACACUUUCUGCACAUGCAUGAAAACCCCUUCUCACAGAGCACAGCCCGUAUAAUAAAAGUAAAAACAACUACGAAGUCCCAUUUUGUAGAUAACUGUCCUGUAUUAGUUGAUGAUUUUAUAAAGCUGUCAUUGUUGAAUUGAUAAUAAGCACACCAAUUGGUAUAAACAUCUUUGGCAAGUUAAGUGUCUGUUUACAUUCCAAUGAGAUGCAAUGUGUCCAUGUCAACCACAAAAUUGGUAGCAUUUUACCCUUUACCACUUAGAUACAUAUCUUGACGUGUUUGUAGUCCCUCAGAAAAAUAUAUUUAAUUUAAGACCUUUCUAACUAGAUUCGAGUUUUUACGGCUUCAUCUGCCAACCUAAGACACUGAUGAGCAGCAAACAGCAUAAAACCUGAACAGAUGGCAAGUUACUCGCAAGCUGUUUUGUUUUUUUGCCAUUUUCACUUUGCUUCUGAGUGGGAAAGGGUUAAAUUGUUGUUAUGAUUACGCAGUAUAACUCCAUAAAUUGACUUUGUUUGACGAGAAUGGUGAGCUAAAUGUUAAAAGAGUUUAUUAUAACCACAUUUAUCUUCUGGGGCUACUUGAUAUCCGCACCAGGCCGUGUGUCCCACUUUUCAAUUUAAUAGUUUUCUUAAGUAAGUAUUUGAAUUACAGUGAGAGGAUCUUGACAGUGUGCCAUAACCCUUCUCAAAAAAGUGUGUGAAAUGUACGUUUUAAGUACGUUUUGCGUGAGUUAAACGUGGCGGUAUUGGCACUGAGUUUUAUGUGCGUUUUUUCUUACCGAGUGAGUUUUUAACAAAAACAAACAAACAAGAAACUGUGGGUAAAUGUGUGCUUUUAUGUGGGUUAAACGUGCGCUUUUAUAUAAGUGCGUUUUUUUACUGCCAUUUAUGUGUGUAAAAUGUGCACUUUUAAGUGGGUUAAAACUGCGCUUUUCAGCGAGUUAAAUGUGCGCUUUUUUAUUUUAAAAAGUGCACAUUUAACUCACUUUAAGCGCAGUUAUAACCCACAUAAAAGCGCACAUGUGUGUUAAAUGUGCGCUUUUCUGGGGGUUGAAAAUGUGCUUUAAGCGAGCUAAAUGUGCGCUUUUUAUAGGUACUGACUUAUAAAAAGCACACAUUUAAUUCGGUUUAAAGCGCAGUUUUAACCCACAUAAAAUGCACAAUUUACGCACAUGAACGGCAGUCAAAAACGCACUCACUAAAAGCACACAUGUGCGUUAAAGGUGCAUCUUUUGCCUUAACAGUUGAUUCAAUUAUAUGCUGUUAAAAGUUUUUUUUAAAUUCAGAUACGCAAUAAAAACCAAUAAUUAUACACAAAUAUAUUUUAAAUAAUUACAAGAUAAUUCAAUUUUAUACUUUAAUGUACACCAACAUUUGUUAACAUACAUGAGUAAUUAAAUAUCAAUGACAAUUUGAUGAUAUAAAUAUUAACAUAAUUAGAUUAUAAAUAAACAAAACAUCAUAGCAUACUAAUAAAUAACAUGUACAGUAUAUACACAGGAACAUCGAUAUACAUAAAAAAGAUGAGAAUCUAUGAGGGCCUGUCAUUUCUUUGAGGCGGCGGAGAGCGGCUCUCAUUUUUCUCUCCAUGUCUGCAACCAGCCAGUCAAACUUCUUUGCAACUAUUAUACUGUCAUGGCCUUUGCGCGAUGCGUCUCGUGCAUGAUCUCAUUUGAUCAGGUCCUGAAAGAUAUUUUAUAAUGUAAGUGUUGAAUAUUGCUGUUAUGGUAAUCUCGUUGCUAUAAAAAUUAUAAAUUUAAAUCAAAACUA